CUAACAACCAGAUACUCUCCCUGGUAAAGAUCAGCUAUCAUGGAUUGUAUCGUGGCUUCGCAUUCAACGUCCAGAUGCUGCUUCUCUCGCCAAGGAGCCGCCAUGAGUAUUAUAAAAGACCGACCCAAUUACCAAGGACUUUUCUUCUCCUACUUCAUCCUACUUCUAGAGAUCUUCGACAUCGAGAAGAACUCACCUUCAGAGAACAGCCAAGACCAAAUCUAGACCCGUCGCCGUCACCCACCCUCCAAAAUGCGUACAACUGCCGCUCUCGCCUUGCUGCCUCUGGCACUCGCUGAGCCUUCAAAGAGGGCCACUCCGGCCCUAGUCAUCAAGCCCCGGGGUGCUCAGCUCAUCGAUGGGAAAUACAUCGUCAAGAUGAAGACUAAUGUCGACACCGACUCCCUACAUAGCUCCAUUCAAGCCAUCUCUAGCAAUGCCGACUUUGUAUACAACAGUAAUGAUUUCAAGGGCUUUGCUUCUAGCCUGUCAGCCGAAGAGCUCGAGGCCCUUCAGAACAACGACGAUAUCGAUUAUAUUGAGCAGGAUGCCGUUGUCACUAUCAAAGCUACUCAGGAGGAUGCCGACUGGGGUCUCGCUCGUUUGUCUAAUUCCGAGCCUGGCAGCACCACCUACACCUACGACGACAGUGCCGGUGAAGGAACCUGUGCUUAUGUCAUCGACACAGGCAUCGAAGUAGACCACGAGGAAUUCGAGGGCCGUGCUACGUGGCUUGCUAAUUAUGCUGGCGAUGGCGAUGACACUGAUGGCAACGGCCACGGUACGCAUGUGGCUGGUACUAUCGGUUCCAAGACGUACGGAGUUUCAAAGAAAACCUCGCUUUUCGCCGUCAAAGUCCUGGACGCCAGCGGUUCAGGUACCAACUCCGGUGUUAUUGCUGGCAUGGAUUUCGUCGCAAAGGAUGCCGCCGGUCAGACUUGCCCCAAGGGCGUUGUCGUGAACAUGUCUCUCGGCGGCUCGACUUCGAGCGCCGUGAACGAGGCAGCUGCCAGCAUUGUCAAUGCUGGUCUUUUCCUUGCUGUCGCUGCGGGUAACGACGCCACGGACGCGUCUACCUCAUCCCCGGCUUCGGAGCAAUCGGCUUGCACCGUCGGCGCUACUACCAAGGAUGACGAAUUUGCCGAAUACUCCAACUAUGGCAGCCUUGUCGACAUCCUUGCACCAGGUACAGAUAUUGAGUCCACAUGGAUCGGCGGAACCACGAACACCAUCUCUGGCACAUCCAUGGCCUCUCCCCACAUUGCUGGUCUCGGAGCCUACUACCUGGGACUCGAUGCUUCUCCUGUGGCUGAUUUAUGCGACUAUAUCGCAAAGGCUGCUCUUUCCGGUGCUAUCUCCGGCGUCCCUAGCGGUACCGCGAACUCGUUAGCCAACAACGGCGAGUCCUCUUAGAGUGUGCUAACCUUGGCGACGUGACGAGUGAAAGUUACGGUAUCUUUGAUGGAAUUUUGUAGGUAGCUUAACCAUGUAGCAUGGC